AUGGUGUUCAAGGCCGUUCAUUUGUUUUUCCACAGGGUACGAUUACGUGCAUUUGGAGGGUCCCUUUCUUCUUUCAGGGAACCAUGCGGGGAUUUGUUUGUGACUUCAGCUGAGUGCAUAAUGUAUUUUUAUCUCCUUCUCCCUCCAUCUCCCAUUUUUGUCUCCUCCAUCUUAGCUCUAAAAGCAAAAGGAAAUAAACUAAAAAGUCAUAUUCUUAAAUGGAAAUUUUACUCCUCCACAUCCGCUUAG